AUGCUUUUCCUCUCAAAUGUGGGUGGCCUUUUGAUGGUCACAGCCGGAGCCCAGGCUUUCUUUAUUGUGCCUUGCUCUCGCCCAGUCGUGGUGCAGCGCGCAGACCCUAUAGUCAACCCAGGCGCCCUAGCUGGUCAUGUUCAUACCAUCAUGGGCGGCAGUGCCUUCAACUUCACCAUGGGGUAUGAUGACGCGGUAUCCUCAGCAUGCUCUACCUGUAAGGUUCGGCAGGAUUUGAGUAACUACUGGAUUCCAAAUCUCUACUACGAGAGCGAGAAUGGCAAGUUCGAGACAGUCAAGCAACUUGGUGGCAUGCUCGUUUACUAUCUUCAGCGCUCUGACUCCAAAGAUCCUGAGUACGAGAAUGGCUUACUUGCGUUUCCCCCGGGCUUUCAGAUGCUCGCUGGUGACCCCUCGCUCCGAAGCUUUGGGGAUACCUUGGAGCAGCAAGCAAUCUCCUAUGUCUGUCUCGGCGUCAGCGGCCCGGAAACACACCAGUUUCCGUCCCAAAACUGCCCCUACGGGUUUGCGAGUGCAGGUCAUGUUCCCUUCGUGCUGGGACGGACAUAA